UCUCUCUACCUUUACUUUGAAGACACAUCUCUCUUUGUCAAACCAGAAGAAGUAAGAAAAAAACAUGAUGAACAACAGUACCACGAGAAGGUAGGCACCCCCACCCAGAGGUCAAAGGCUUCAUAAAAUCUCUUGUUUUUUCGCUAAAUCAAUUUAAAAGAACCUUCACUUCUCGGGGUUCGAACCUGGAACCUUGGGAUCCCCAAGUCGCGUUGGUUAGCUUCUGCCUAAGGUAAGUAAGCACGUCUUUCUUCUUUAAUCCAGCUGCGCAAUUUGUUUGCGGGAGAUUUCUGUGGUUUUUAUUUCCCAAACCCUAGGAAAAGAUUGAUCUCACGCAUCUGAUUCUCACGGACAAGAAAUUCUGAACACCGCAGAAAACGGGGGCAAAGGUGGCGUCGUUUGGUACAAACGGUGGUUUUUAUGGAAGAUAGCAGUGCUUUUAAGGCAGAAACGGGGUGCUCUUGAGUGCAGUAAAUCUUUGUGGCAGGGAAGGGUUUAAAUUAUUUUCGAGGUGAAUUUUAGCUGCUGGCUGGUUUUUAGGGUUGAUAAGUGGUGCAGUAUGUAGAGGAUUUUUUUUCCAGGUAAAUUGUUGUUAUCGGCUGGUUUUAGGGUUUCGGAAGGGUGAAAGUACUACGUGCAGGGCUCUGGGCAGGAUAUUGCAAGAAGGCGUCUUGACAGGAGGUGGUCUUGUGGCUUUGAGUGUGAACAGCGCAGAUUUUAUGUUUCGGUGAACGGUUUUUGCUGUAUCUGCAGCAUAUACUGUUCGGGGUUACGCAAAUCGUCCGCUAUUUUUCUGGAGGAGGGCUUCUAUUACGGAUUUUGCGGACAGGUGGAAAGGGAUUAGCUGCAGGUGCUUCAGAACGGCAAGGUCGGUGAUCGUUUCCUUCAAGCUUUCGAAAUUUUGGCUUUGAGGAGUGUUGUGGCUACUCUAAACUUUCAUAACGUUGCCACUGUUUUGAGGAAGGAAGGAAAGAGGUGAAGUCUGCCUGGGGUGGUGACUGUCCGACGAUCAAGCUUGGAUUGGAAAAUUUCCCUUAAUUAAUGGGAAUUUGGCUAACAUAAGAAGAGUAGGAGUUUGAUGUGUUUCUGAGGAUGGUAGUGAGGAUUUCAAGUCAGGAUUACAAAAAUAUAUACAAGCUGUGAAGGUAACAAAAAGUAACAUUUCUGAAGGUGAAGGAGACCCUAUAUUGUCAAUAUGGUAGUUAGAUUAUUUCCCUGUUAGGGCAUUUUUGUCUUGGUAUAUCGCAGGAAUAUUCACCAAUUUUAAGCUAGGAACACAGCAAAGUGUGAAAGAUAAGCACAGCAAAGUGUGAAAGAUAAUACACCAAUUUCUGUUUAUGGAGGAGGUCAAAAGGAGCUACAUACUGUUCAUUGGAUUAUGUCCUAGAUAGGGCAUAUUCAUUCUUGCUUUGGUACAGUGGCCUCAGAGGGCUUACUAUCACUGCUGAGACUUUGUUGAAGAUACCUUGUAACUAAGACAAGCAAGGGUUGAGUUCUUGAAUCUGAUGAUAUGCAUUAUCUAUGCUCUACAUUGGGUAUUCUGCUUGGAUAGGAUACAGGAAAGCAAUCUCUUGCAAAUGUGUUAAUGAUCUUAUGCUUUUGUAAGCUUCCGUGUUCUGCACAGUGACAAUGCAAGGCAUCUCAUUGUUUACAUGGGAAGUUGCAGUAUAAAACUAGUCGAUAUUUUUAUGCUGGCCUUAGUGUGGGAGGCAGCAUGCUGGUUUUACUAAGUAGAGAUGCACAGAUAUUCUGCUGCCAGCUGUGGUGGUGGGGUUGGCAAUAGCACACUUGGUGGGGCUAGUGCAAGAGAUACAUCCCGUUCAGAUUUAUCAUAUUCAUCUUCAAACAUUCCAUUAAGUUCUAGACGUCCUGUGCAAUUGCAACCCUACAAGCCAAAGUGUGAUAAGGAGUAUCUGAAUUCAAGGCUUGGACCACCUGAGUUUUAUCCUCCAUCAUCAAUCUGUCCCGAAGAGACAUUAACUCGUGAGGCUGUCCAAAGUGGCUACAAGGAGGCAGUUGAUGGUAUUGAGGAAAUCAAAGAGAUUACUUUGUCACUUGUCGGAUCUCCAUUUUGGUCUAAACAUCUUAUUAAUCAAUAUAAAGAGUCAAUUCGGAAGCGUCUUAGGGCCAUCAAUGAUGCUCGGGUGCAAAAGCGCAAGGCUGGACAAGUUUAUGGCGUGCCUUUGUCUGGAGCAUUGUUAACAAAAUCUGGUUUGUUUCCAGACCUACGAACUUGUGGGGAAGACUUCAAAAGGAAGUGGAUUGAGGGCCUUUCACAACCGCAUAAGAGAUUGCGUUCUUUAGCUGAUCAUGUACCCCAUGGGUAUAGGAAGAAGGCUCUUUUUGAAGCACUUAUUAAGCACAAGGUCCCAUUGUUACGAGCAACAUGGUUCAUCAAAAUCACAUAUCUUAAUCAGCAGGUUCGACCAUCUGAAAAGGCACUGGGAAAACGUGUGGAACUUUGGACAAAGGAUUUCAUAGAUUAUCUUGAUUCCCUCUUAGAUGAAUCCUGUCAAAAUGUUGCUGUUUCAGGAACUUAUAGUAGAGAUCAGUCUCCACAGUUGCUUUUGGCCUCUGGUCAGCAUCAAGGGAGUGACCCUUCCCGAACGACAAAUGAUGCUGAGGAGCCCACUUUGCACAUUAAAUGGUGCUAUAUGGUGCAGAUUCUUCACUGGCAUCUCGCAGAAGGGCUGCUUCAUCGUCCCAAGGUUAUUGAAUGGGUUCUACGUCACUCACAGGAAAAGGAGUCACUUGAAGUGUUGGAGUUGCUUCUUCCCAUUGUGUUUGAACUUAUCGAUAGCAUUGAACUUUCACAAACUUAUUCACGGAUGUUUGUAGAUAUAGCUGUUCAUUGGUUGAGAAGAUUGUGCCCAAGUGGCAUGCUCCCAGAUUCCAAGGAUCGUCCCCGUGAAGCAUACAGUGCAAUGUUUUUAACAGAAUUGCUUCAGUAUUUGAUAAUAGCUAUACCAGAUACCUUUGUUGCUCUUGACUGCUUCCCCCUACCACCUGUUGUCUGUCCACCUGAAGCGAAAAGAAACAGUUCUUUUAUGCCAACUAUUACUGUGGAAAAGGCCCCCUUUGAUGGCAGUAUUCCUGAAAAAAUGGAUAAGAAUAGGGAUACUAAGAAAGUGAUUACUGAAAGACAGUUGCCUAUUGUAGAUCUGGUCUCCUCUAUUCAGAAAAGAGCUAACAAUCUUUCCAAAUCUGUGUACCCUGAAAUUAUUCAUAAUAAUGAGGGAAAGGCUGUACAUACUCUCGACAAGGCUCUGAUAUCAGGAGAUGUGAGAAGUGCUUAUCACUGUAUAUUUGAAGAGUCUUUCAGUGCAAAAAGUGUGCCAGAUGAAUGGCUAUCAGGAAUUAGUCCAUGCAUAAGAUCAAGCUUGAAUUUUAUUGAGGCACUCCAAGCUUCAGAAGUUUAUGCUGUUUUUUUUCUUUUUGAGUGGGCAACAUGUGAUUUCAGACACUUCCGAGGUCCUCCAUAUGUAGAUAGAAAAACCACGGGUAAAAGAGAUUUUUCUCGUAUUUAUAUGGUAGUCUCAGUGAUUAAUAUGAAAUUGGAAGCAUUACAGAAGUCAGUUUCUAACAGUGGUGUUGGUACUAGUGAUGCAUCUGUUUUGGGUGUUCCAAAUAUGCCAGUUGAUGAUGGAUUUUCAAGCAGGAAGAGGAGGGGAAAGGUUGAUAUUCUUAAGAAUAUAUCAGAAAAUUUGCAAAGUAAAUUUUAUUCUCAAAGUAUUGCUCCCUCUUCUCUGUUUUCAACUUAUCGCUGUCUGCAUGAUGCUGUAGUUGCUUGGUUAGAUCAACAUGAAUUUCAGAAGGGUGAAGCUUUUAAGCUUCUUCAAUUUCUUCUCCUGGAACUCAUACGGCUUGGUGUUUUUCAACCCUUUGCUUAUGUAAGGCAGCUGAUAAUCAGUGGAAUAAUGGACAAAAUAGAGACUAGUGCUGAUGUUGAGAGGGCAAGUUGGCACAGGCGCAUCCUGGAGCACCUUCCAGCAUCUUCAGUCUUUCAUGCAUUUGAGGAUAUCACAAAUGAGUCAGAUCCUAUACUAUCUAAUGUGAUCAGAGUUUACUCCAAUGAACGUCAUUUUGCGCUCCAUGGAUUUCUGGACAAGAUUGGGCAUCUUACAAAGGAAGGAGAAAACCUGGUAAUUUCUAGAAAGAAUAUAUUAGCAAACAGUGUAGCCAGUACCUUGGUUGGGGAUUCUUCCAACACCUUUGAGAAGAAGAGGAAGUUAGAAUCAGUUAAUGGGGCAGAUCUCAGAGGUGAUAUGAGUGAGAAGGGAAAACUACAACAAAUUGAUAGACUCAAGCAUGCAAUCUCUGUGCUUUUGCAUUUUCCUGAUUCAAUCAUGGUUUUGAGUGGAAAAUCUUCAUCUGUGAAGUCAAGUUUAGUCCAAGGGAAGCUUAAAAGACCAUUGGGACUGCAUAGUAGUAGAAUAGGAAAAGGAGAAGGAACACCUGGCUGUGAUGAAUGCGGGCGAAGCAAACGACAAAAGAUAAGUGAAGAAAAAGGUUUGCUGAUUAAGGCACUUGCAUUUAAUUCAACAGAUGAUGAUGAAACUUGGUGGGUUAGAAAGGAACCUAAAAUAUCAGAUGCAAUCAAAGUUGAACAGCCCAUGAAGCCAACAAAACAAGUGUCAAGAGGGAGGCAAAAGACUGUCCGCAAAACACAAAGUUUGGCUCAGCUGGCUUCUGCUAGAAUUGAGGGUAGCCAAGGUGCCUCUUCCAGUCAUGUAUGUGAUAGUAAAGUAAAUUGUCCACAUCAUAAACCAAGUCUAGAUCGAGAAAAUUCUUCACGAAUAAAAGAUGGGAACAAAUUGCAUCAUGCAGGUGAUCUCCAUGCAAUAGGUAGAGCGAUGAAAAGGUUACGACCAACUGAAAAGUGGUCAGUUGCAGGCUGGUUGAAUGCUGUUGUGAAGCAACUUGUUGAAGGAAGAGAGAAAGUUCCUGUUAAGCCUAGUCAGUCUUCAGGUCAGGUCCGACCUUCUGGCAGUGCUUCUACUCCAUCUGAUGAGAGAUCUGCAGUACGGUGGCAACUAACUGAAGACGACAUAGCUGUCAUUUUAUACAUACUAGACAUUUCAAUGGAUUUGCGAUCUGUAGUGAAAUUUUUACUAUGGGUUCUAUUAAAAAUUCCCAUUUCUGUCACAAAUGUCCCUGCUCAUGGUGGGCGGAGUAUACCUGUGAUCACUUGGAGCAGAGAAGGGGAUGCAUGUGAUGCGGGAGAGUGUUUCAUCUUGUCAUGUCUUCAGAGGUAUGAAAAUGUUCUUGCAGCUGCAGAUCUUCUUCCAGAAGCAAUCUCUGUUGGUGUGCGCCGGGCUGCAGUUGUUUUGACUGCCAUACCAGGUGGAAGGUCUGUCUGCCCAAGUCUGUUUUAUGUUCGAAAUUUAUUAAAAAAAUAUGGUGUACUUCCAACUGUGAUGGCUUGGGAGAAGAAAUUCAAGGCAUCAGCGGACCAGAGACUAGUUGCUGAAUUGGAGGCAUUGAAAACAAGUGAAAAUGAAUCAGCUUUUGGAUUGGUAGGAGGCUCAAGUGCAGCUAACAGUGAAGAUUGUGACGAUCACCUGCGGCAAAAGCUGACUGGAAGGUUAUCUAGAAUAAGUCCAAGUGUGAAAGAGACAGUACAAAGACGCAUCAAUGAUGCAAUACAGCAUGUUUUUAUUAAAGAAAGGGAUCUCUUAGCUCCUACAAAGAAUUCUUUGACUGAAAAACGAGAUGAUGGAUAUCAGGUGGCCCUACAUAAUCUAGUUGGUUUGGUUGAAUACUUUCGGCAAACUGGAGGUGGUACUCCACAAGGUGAUGCAUCUGUAGUGGUUGCUGUUGUUGCAGCAGUUGUUAGUAACGUAGGGCAAGCCACUGUAAACAUGCUUGAUUCUGCUGCAAGUAGUGCAUACCCAGGUUCAUCUUCUAUAAAAUGUGCUCGUCGAGUUAUACAAAUUCAUAUACAUUGCCUUAGAUUGCUGAAAGAGGCUGUUGGUGAACACCAAAACCGGAUCUUGGAAAUGACACUUGCAACAGAAGCUUCAUGCUCAAUAGCUACUGCUUUUGCUCCUGGGAAGGCACCUCGUAGUCAAUUUCAGCUUUCUCCAGAAACUCCAGAUACAAGUUCGACUAUGACAAAUGAGAUGUUGAGCAACUCUACAAAAGGUCUUUUAGGAAGGGCCACAAGAGCUGCAGCAGCUGUGGCUGCAUUAGUUGCAGGUUCUAUUGUUCAUGGCAUUACAAAUCUAGAAAGAAUGGUAGCAGUUUUGAGAAUAAAGGAAGGCCUGGAGGUUCCACAGUUAUUGAGGAAUGGUCGGUCCAGUUCUAAUGGUAUUUCUCGUGCAGCUGGACAAGGUAAUUCUUCCAAGGUUGAUUAUUAUUCAACUGAAGUAUACUUGUAUUGGUUUAGAGUCCUCAUUAGCAACUGCAAAGUGGUUUCUGAUGGUCUAGUGGCAGAACUCCUUGGCGAGCCAAAUGUUUUGGCACUUGCUCGAAUGCAACACAUGAUGCCUCUUAGCAGUGUUCUUCCCCCCAUCUAUUCAUUAUUUGGUAUGAUUGUUUGGAGGCCUCAUCUAUCAUACAUGAAUGCAGUCAGUCGUGAAGACGGUCAACUUCAGUCAUCAUUGACAACAGCUGUGGAUGAAGCAAUUAGGCACGAACCGAUUCGGGAUGUCUGCUUGCGAGAUACUCAUGCUUUUUACCACCACCUUGUAUCUGAUUCAAGUGAUUCAGAUGUAGCAGCUGCCAUAGAAAGGCAGGGUCUAGAUGUGCAUUCCAAAUUGAGAGUGCUUGCACCCCUUCGUGGGCGAUUAUUUUUGCAUGCUCUUCUUGAUCAUCAGAUGCCAUUAUCUGUUCUUUUGCAGGAUGAGGGCAGCUGGAUUCCUAGUCAUGGAGAUCUCAAGAGACCUGCUGCAGAUGAACCAUUAUUAGUAGAUCAACUUGUGCAUGUUUUGGAUACCUUGCAGCCAGUAAGUUUUCACUGGCAAUGGGUUGAGCUUCGGUUACUUCUUAAUGAACAAGUACUCAUUGAAAAGAUUCUGGGCCAGAAUAUUUCUGCUGUAGAAGCAAUGCGAGCCUUCUCCUCAGGCGUUAGCAACAAUCCACUUUCUGAGUCUGAAAAGACAUUUACAGAAAUUGUUCUUACUAGAUUACUUGUGAGGCCCGAUGCUGCUGCAUUGUACUCAGAAGUUGUGCAUCAUCUUGGAAAACCUCUUGAGGAAUACUUAAUAUUGCAUGUCAGAUGGGUUCUGGAUGCAAGUGAAGUACUUUUAGGGCGGAAAUCCCUUAAGCAGCUGCUUGAAAGCAUGGCAAACCGGAGUGGUUUCUCAACUAAAACUAGGCAAGUGCAUGCUUGCAGUUGGUCAUCACCACAGUGUUAUGUAGGAACUGCUGAAGAAAAAAAGAAGACAGAGGCAGCAUCUCCAGAGGAAGGAGAGGUGGCAGAAGAAGCUUUAGAUUCUUAUCAGAGCCAAUAUUUUUCUAUAGAGAAAGGGAUUGCUGACUUGGUUUUGCCAUGCCUAGCACGGAGUUCCACUGAAACCUGUACUGCCUUUGCCACAGAUUUGUUAAAGCAAAUGAGUAUUCUUGAACAACAUAUAAACACACCUACUCGAAAUGUUGGGAAGUCACCAUCUGGAGCUGCUGCUGGAGCUGAAGGUGGUGGAAUUAAAAGUCAUGGCUCACGCAAAGCAUUUAGAGGUGGCAGCCCUAGCUUGGGACGAAGACCGACAGGAGUGACUGAGACUUCUCCAUCCUCAGUUGCAGCAUUGCAUGUUUCAAUGUGGUUGAGAUUACAGUUCCUUUUGCCAUUGCUUCCACAAAUUUAUGCAGACAGGGAUACACCAGUGCGCAACAUGAGACAGGCACUUGCUCCAUUAUUGUUGCGUCUUCUAGGAUCAAGAGUUGUUCAAGAGCCUUUGGACCCCUGCAAUAUUCAUAUGCAAAAAUACCUUUUCCCUAAAAAGGAAUUUGAAUCCUAUGCUGAGAUUGCUGCAGUAUCAGCAGCAGGUAUCUCUGGGGAGAGUCUCUUUGACAGAUUUCUCAGCAUCCUUCAUGCGUUAUUGAGCAGCACCUGGUCAAGUUGGUUGAAGCCAAAAGGGAAUACAAAACCUGUACGAGAAGUCCCAGUGUUUGAUCCGGAAAUCACAGAGCGCAUGCAGGCUGAGUUGGACCACAUGCAGUUGUCUUCUGCUGCUCGUGUACGACUACAAGCAGCCAUGCCUCUACUUCCCCCUUUUCCCAGUCCUACAAUUUGUUCUGUUCCUCCUCAUCUCUCAGCAUCAACUAUAACAGGAGCACAUACGACUACUCUAAACUCUAGUAGUUUUCCCUCUGGCAUUCUAGUUCCUUCCCAAAAGGUUUCUGUUAGAAUGGCCAGUGCCAUUGGAAAAUGUAAGUCCACUUUGUACCAGGAUCCAGAGGUAGAAAUUGAUCCAUGGACAUUGCUGGAAGAUGGGACAGGGGCAGGAGUUUCUGGAAGUAAUAGUGGGGGUUGUGUGAGUGGAGAUCAAGCCAAUUUGAAAGCUUGUAACUGGCUUAAAGGGGCUGUAAGGGUAAGAAGAACAGAUCUUACUUAUGUUGGAGCUGUGGAUGAUGAUACUUGAUUCAUUGUUGGGCCUCAAGGCCCCUCUAGGUUUUAAUAAUACUUAGUUGAUAGCUCCAUUUUGGUGUCUUGGAUUUCGCUUUUGCUCUUGAUUACUUAGCUUUAACAAAAUCAAUUUACCUGUAUCAUUUUUGGAUGGGUGUACCAAUAUUCAAAUUGCUAAUACAACCAAAGUGUUUAAUCGGGGAAA